AUGAGCGGCCUUGAAGCAAAGCUCCAGGGUAUGCUGGCUAGCGCGUGCCAACGCUCUGUAAGGGUGUCUGCUACAGAUCAAAAACCAAGUUCUCCGCGACGCAGUACGCGUAUAUCGGGUAUUCGGCCCUUUCUUCCCGGAGACACCUCCAGACAAAUUCCAGGGUAUAUGCUCCCGCGAGAAACUGUCCAGCAGCGUGAGGAGCGACUCGAAGCACUCAAAGCAGAGCGAGAGGCGCAGGAGCUGGCCGAAUGUACCUUCCGGCCUGCAAUUAACCCAGAGAGUGUCUACUACGCAGGAGAAAGAUCUGGGCCAGCAUAUGAAAGGCUAUAUAACCAUGCACUAGAUAAGCAAGAACGAGAGCAGGAUUUAUUUGAGAUGGGCGACGUCCUUGACGAAACAGUCUACACAUUCAAACCUCAGCUCAAGGCUAAGUACGUACCCAAGUCAGAUAGCUCCAAAGUGGUAAUACGUAUGGCCGAUGUUCCCAGUGAGAUGAAGCAGUGCGUUUUCAAGCCAAAGCUAUCCCCGACCAGCGAGAGAAUAUGCAAGAGAAAGUUUGGAGACACACCGGUUUUUGAGCGUCUUACACGACCACCCGAGCGGCCCGCCAGUGCGUCAGAUAAGUGCCCGUCAAGUGCAAACACUAGUAUAAAUGGAUGUACAAGUCCAGAUACAAUUGAGAAGACGGGUACGAGAGGGGCCUCUGGAGGACCUAAGAGGAGGUCAACCGUUGAAUCUUUCAACGAAUUCCUCAGCAGACAAGAAUAUAUAGUGGCCAAAAAGCAGUUGACUGCAUCUCGAGUCAAUAAGGAGGAGCUUCGCGAGUGUACAUUCAAGCCAAAGAUCAGUGAAACAAGCAAGCUUAUAGCUCAAACUAUUGGAGCACGUGACCCUCUCUAUGAACGUACAUAUUCUGCUGAUACCAGAGGCUCAAGCCCAAGAAGGACUGCUGGGACGUAUCCUUCGCUAGACGACCAAGACACCUUCAUACCCCAUAUAAAUGAAAGAUCAAAGAGAAUUAUGUCCGCCAAGUGUGACAUACCUGUAUAUGACCGGCUCUACCAGGAUUCAGAGACGCAGCACCGCUUAGAGCUCUUGAAGAAACAGCAGGACCAGCUUAGUGCAGAUGGAUGCACAUUUCAACCUGCCAAGAUUGCCAAUCAGCCCGAGCACAUAGCAAGUACCAUUAAAAACCUUGACGAAUACAUGGAGGAGCGAAAGCAGAUGCGCCUCAGGAUGGAGCAGGAGCGGCAAGCCAGAGCUGACCAGCGGGAGGAUUUCGGAGAGUGCACCUUUAAACCCAAAAUUAUUAAAGCACCAUCCUCCAUCCGCAAAAUAGUUUCUGAAUUAAGGAAAAAUGAUAUUCACGCACGCCUGUAG